CCCUGAACUACAAAUAUUCUUCUUUAUUGAGACUUCUUUUGCAACAUUUUUACAUCUGGUCGUGAACAAAUAUUUGGGUGGCAGUCAAACACGGGCACGGCUGAUUUUCCCCUUCGGCAGCAUUUUGCUUGUAAGUGCCAAAUUUCCUGUUGUUUCCUCUCAACCUAGUGUGGCCAUUGCACUAAUUUUGCAAUUAACCAUGGCCUCUAAUCGAGUGAAGAGUGGUGUGAAUGUUGGUGAGAAGAGGGUUUUGAGUAAGAUUGACAUGAAAACGAAGAAAGAAAUUAUUGAAAAGCAUCGGUGUGGUAUGCGUGUUACCGAUCUUGCUAAAGAGUACAAUAAACCAAAGUCUACGAUCUCGACUAUUUUGAAGCAGAAGGCGGCUAUUAAAGCAGCUAAUGUUGCAAGGAGAGUGGCAAUGCUAACCAAGCAGAGGCCUCAAGUGCUGGAAGAGAUGGAAAAGCUGUUGCUGGUAUGGUUGAACGAGAAGCAACUUGCAGGCUAUACAGUAAGCGAGGCGGUCAUACGUGAGAAAGCUAGGACGAUACAUGGUAAUUUGUGUCAGAAAUACCCUUCUUCGAGUGGAGAAAGUCAUGAAUUUAAAGCCAGUAGAGAAUGGUUUGAAAGGUUUUGUAAGAAAAAUGGUACUCAUAAUAUUGUAAGGCAUGGAGAGGCUGCUAGUUCUGACACUGCUGCUGCUGCUGCAGAAGCGUUCGCGAAAGAUUUCGCUAAAUUCGUGGAGGCUGAAGGAUAUGUCCCACAACAGGUAUUUAACUGCGACCAGACGGGCUUGUUUUGGAAAAAGAUGCCAAAGAGGACCUACAUCACACAGGAGGAGAUGGCUAUGCCCGGCCACAAGCCAAUGAAAGACAGAUUGACCCUUCUGCUGUGUGCGAACGCAAGUGGCGAUCUAAAAAUUAAACCGCUAGUUGUCUACCAAUAUGAGAACCCUCGUGCAUUUAAGCAGCACAAUGUAAACAAGGCCAGACUGCCCGUGAUGUGGAGAGCUAAUACAAAGG